AUGGAAUUCGUUGUAGUUGCCAAGUGUGAUAAUUUUUACAUGUCAAAUUCGCACGAGGCUAACCAAAAAAGGUAAAUCUAAAACUUCGUUUGUUAGCAAGGAUACUGAAGUGGUUGGAUAGACAAAAACUCUUAACGUAUUACCAUCGUCCUGGACACACCUGUUGCGCAAGAAAGAUUAAAUUAGCAAGGAAAUGAGAGAACAGCAUUUUUGGCUUAGCCCAUGCUUCCUGACAUCCGACUAAGGAAAUAAUACACUGGAAUCUCGAUUAUAAUGAAGUGUUAAGGGACUGGCAACAUUUGUUCACUAUAAAGAGGUUUCGUUAUAUCGAUGUUCUUCUUCAUAUAUUUUACUAUUACUGCGGUAAAGAAAAUCGUUCGUUAUAUAGAAGUUACGUUGUCUUUCCUUUCCUCAAAAUCAGCAACUAAGAAGUGAAUUUUCUUCGUCUCAAAUUCGUAUUGGAGCAAGAUUAAGAGUGUAGUCAUUCAGGCAGCAUGCGUGUAAAGUCGUCGCAUUUGCCCGUUGGAUUCUUUUGGCGAGAAAUUGCAACGGCUAUACGCGUAUCACGCCGCCAGUGAGUCCAAUGAAUCACGACACCCUUGAGUUUUAAGUAGUGCUAAGCUUAAUCGCGCAACACUAAUGAAACACUGAAGGAAUGAAAUACCAAGGAACACAAGUAAAUUCAGCAUAGUAAAGAAACUGUAUUUGAAUUCGAAAGAAGAAACUGCCUUCGCUUUGUUACAAAUCCAACUCAAAAUCAAACUUAGGAUUGGCGACUCACCGAUCGAACAUUUAUUUUUUACUGACAGUAUUUGCUCAAGCAAGCUAUUCUCUGGCUGAAGUCUGUGGUUCAACAAGGAAGUUAACGAUUUCCUCAUCAAUUAAGGUUACUGAUGCAUAAAAUACAUUCGUCUUUUGUUUGCUUUCAUUAAAACCACAGGUCUGAAAACGUAAGUGGUUGUCUUUACAUUAGGCUAUUAAGUAAAACUUAAAAGCUGCUAAGUUUCACUUGACCAAAAAUGGGUGUGUGAAGGCCCAAGUAAAAUCUCAAGCAACUUUACUUUGCAUCUCAUUAAAGCAGGAAAGUUCAAACGAUUCAACAAAGUUUCAAGUGAUUUGAAAACCAUCCUUAUGACCGACUUGACUGACUUGCGGUUUCUUGAGCUUUGAGAACGGCAAAACAUGUCAGUCAAUCUUAAUUAUGUUGUGUCUCAUCGGUUAUGUGUGAAGUUUCUUAUUCUAGUUGAAGUAAUUAAAAUUUACUUGUCUUGAAAUAUUUCUUAGCUUAUUUAGGCUCUAGUGUAAAGACUACCAGUAUGAAUUUCGGUUAAUUUAGUUUUUACAAUUUUCCUAUUAAAAAUAAUUAUCGGCGACGUAAAGAAACAGAGUCAUCAAUAGCAACUGCGACUGGAAAGCCAAUUUUAUAAGCAGAAUAUUUAUGAGUCUAUAUUGAGUAAUACCGUGCCUCAUAGGGACAAAACACUUCCGAGAAUCUAAAACACUUCCGGGAAUCCGAAACACUUCCCAGAAUCCAAAAACACUUCCCAGAAACCAAAACACUUCCCAGAAUCCGAAACACUUCCCAUGCAGAAUCCAAGAGUGUUUUGGAUUCUGGGAAGCGUUUAGUCCCUACGAGCCAUCGUGGAGUAAACUGGAAUCGUUCCUUUUAAUCUUAGACCAUAUCAUUUUCGAAAGGUAGUAAAAAUAAACGCGGAACGGGGGAGGGGAACGAGUACGGGGUGAAGGAGAAAACGAAAAAUGGGAGAAAAAUAAACAAAGAAUUGGAAACGAAGUUACCAGGGUUCAAUUUAGGUUUUGUACACAAGUUUUCAUUUUUCCUGUAUCCCGCGCUUGUUCCCCGCACCCCAGGGGGUGAGGGGCAGGUAAAUAGGAAAUGUUUUCUUUCUCAUUGGCCGUUUGUAUACUAAGGAUGCAUUAUCCAUCUGGACAAACUUGGGCAAACAUUUUGUUGUUCGUCUGGGCUAUGUAUCUCUAGUAUAAAGACGGGUACAAGACGCACUGUUAUGCGUCCAGACGAACUACCCUUCGUAGUGCGUAGUUCAAGACGUAUUUCGAAGGAAAGUUCGUCCAGACGCAUAAUGCGUCUUGUGUCCGUCUUUAUACUUGAGACGCAUAUAACCAGACGAACUACUAAUGUUUGCCCAAGUUCGUCCGUCGGAUAAUGCGUCCUUAGUAUAAAAACGGCCAUAGACGUAUUAUCCGUCCACACGGAUAAGCGUCCUCCAGUAUAAAAACAGCCAUUUUUUCCUCGCGCGUUGCGGUUGCCGAAAUCCUAAAAAGAAAUGACUAGUGGGGAAGUUUGAGGCCUUGAAGCGUUUAAGGCUUUGGGUGAAAUAAGAACUGAAUCCAAUAAAUUAGCUGUUCGAAAUGCUAAACUAUGUACAAAAAAAAAUCAAAAGCCUGAAGAAGAAGGCAUCUUGUUAGAGACUUUUGCCAACUUCUCGGUCAAUUGAAAAGUGCUUCACCGAGAACUGCGCACAAUUAUAAUUGGUUACUCGGCGAAAGAUGUAGGCGAUUCGAUAAAUGACUUCCAUAAAAUUAAGUUAAAUAAAUUAAGUUGUGAAAAAGCACAGUUUUUUUAGCAGAAAAAAAAUAAAAGAGAAGCCAGACUUUACGAGUAGCCAGUUAGUCGAAGGGGGGGUGGGGGGAGGUGUUGGAAGGAUGAAAAGUAUCAGCGUUAUAAAACGUGCGUGGACCAGAUCUUCGUACAAAAGCAUUUUGUCGCAAUAUAAUAUUUUUUCUUAGUUAAAAUGCUUUUAACAGGUCAAUUGUCAAUGCUAUUUUGAAGCUAGUUCGAUUUUAACCUCACGAUGACGUGUAUGGAUCUCAUAGGGACAAUGUCAUCUUUUUUCAAAAGCACUUUGAAAGCACUUUUGAACAACGUCAGAUAAAAAAAUAACGGCUAGAUUUUCAUUUAAAAUGGCUAAGAUCAAGGCAUUUCUUUGUUCAAUCUUACAUAUUAAGGACACUAAAUGAAAUAAACACUACAAAGCUCGGCAGAUGCGGGAGUAUCAAAGAUAGCUUUAACGUUUGGGAAUCAAAAAGAACUUUGUUCCAAAUUCAACAUCUUUAAGAUAUAACCUGAUUUCUGGGAAUUUUCUUCAUAAUAAACAAGCUAGUGAAUGAGAACUGUAAUCUUACCUUAGUUAUUGUAAAUCAAGUCCAAACAGCGUACAACGUUCUACUAAGUGUCUCUUGCUAAACUGUAUAAGCUCUCUUUGCGUAUCGGCGUAUUAUAUAUAGCGUCUUAGGCAAAAAGCGAAUGCAUCAAAAGACAUGUGACGUCAAGCCAGCUGUGGCACCUGUGAACGAUUAAGCUGAUUUCAGUGCAUUGCUGGAAUAAGGUUAAGGACGUCGACGCAGUUCACUACAAAGAAAACAAACAAAACUCUUCUGACAGUUGAUUUUUUGAUUAAUUUUCUGCGCAUUUACAUCUCCACCUUAUCAGAAAAUGGUUUAUUUUAACGAAGAGAAGAUUGUUUAGAUGAAGUGUCGUUUUUUGCUAGAAUUGUUAAGGUAUAGUCCCCAGUUAAGGCAGCUCCCACUUCAAGCCUUAACUAAAGUUAUACUGACAGAUUGGCCCUUAAGCUUGUCAGGCGAAACCAGCUUAUUAAUAAGUACACUUUAUUUCAAAAAGAAUUAAAAGUUAUUUUACCUAUCAUUCUUUACCGCUGAAUUUCUCUAUAAUUAGGUAAUGAUGCCCUUCAGCAUAUUUUUGCCCUUGAACUUUAUUCAUAACCAGCUUAAAAUUCCCCGUGAUAUAGAAGGGGCACAAUCAUGACUCUGAUGGCUCUUGGGUUUGUCCAUCGAUAGAUUCGAAAGAUCUAACUCUUGCAUACUCGGCCAAAGACCUUGUGUUGUUCCACACCCCGCAACUUACUUUUGAUGACCAUGUUUUAAAAACUACCUCAUCUUGUGUGUCAAGUCCUGCGCAAAUAAGUCGCGUUAAACAUGCUUUAGAUCGUAAUCAGCUCGUGACGGUAAUGAAUGCCUUAGUCUUUAAUAAUGAAAUGACAGUGCUGUUCUACCAUGUGGUCAAAUACAUCGAACAAAAAUAUCUCUAGACUACAGUCAGUGCAGAACUUUGCGGCGAGAAUUAUUUCAGAAACCUGGAAUGGUCACAUAACCCCCGUAUAAAAUUAAACAUCUGUUUUUCCGGGACGCUGUCAUGGCUGCAUGGCGUGUAAAACGAAAACGUCCUAUAUUAUGUUGAAGUCAAGAGCCAUUCAGAGGUCUUUUUAGUACAGCGUGGUGCACAUUAAUGGAAAAUUUAGACAGUACUCUUAAAGCCGCAAAAUCGAUUCAAACUUUUAGAUUUUGCCUCAAAAAUUAAAUUGAUUACUUCCUUUUUAAAUAGCAUCAAGAACAUGUUAAGAUAGUAUUCUAUAAUCAUUCCAAUCCUUAGUGACGUGGGAUUGCGGAUUCCAAAAGACAAUUUCCUAGAUUCAGAAAUCCGAAUUCCCUAACUUGGGGCGAAAAUGUGCUAAGUCAGUAGAGUUGAAUAGGGACAAAUUUCGUCUUGAUAGGGAUUACCUUUCACGAGCUAAAAUAGCCAGUAUUAGUACAAACCUCAUUGACAUGCAUUAAAAUUAAACACUAUUAAAAGAAAACAGAUCAUUUUUCUUGUUUGUUCCGGCUACCUCAAUCGCAUGUUUUGGAAACCUCUCAGUGAAUCCUCAGUUGUUUGUAAUUAUAUUGAAAGUAGUUUUGGUCUGAGCUAUUUGAGCUCAAAAGUCAUUAGAGCUCGACUUUUGGUCGUUUUUACCAGGAUUUUAUAUGAUUCAUAUAUAAUUCAUUUCAUAUACAUUUGUCACGUUGUUAUUAUUAUUAUUAUAAGGUUAAGGACGCAGUUCACUACAAAGAAAACAAACAAAACUCUUCUGACAGUUGAUUUUUUGAUUAAUUUUCUGCUCAUUACAUCUCCACCUUAUCAGAAAAAUGGUUUAUUUUAACGAAGAGAAGAUUGUUUAGAUUAAGUGUCGUUUCUUGCUAGAAUUGUUGAGGUAUAGUCCCCAGUUAAGGCAGUUCCCACCUCAAGCCUUAACUAAAGUUAUACUGACAGAUUGGCCCUUUUAAGGGGCUGUGUCACAGUAGUCAGUUCAUUUUGUUCAAUUUUGCCAGUUAUUCGCCCACAAUCGCUAUGGAACUUAAAGUAGGCAAAGAAAUUACAUGUAAACAGAGACAAGCAGAGAUUCCAGACAAACAAGUAUGUCUCCUGGGCAUUAUUUUUGAAGUUGCAAACAGCAGAGAUCAACUUUGAAAAGCUGUUAGGCUGAACAGUUUUCAAAAACCCUAAUUUCAGUCCGUUUAAAUCUUCUUCAGUUUUGCCCAUCCGUGGCAUCUGUUGCAUCUGUUGUGUUACUUUAACCUUCCUUUAAUGUUUUAAGCGGUUAUUUUCCCGUUUCUCCUAAUUUAACGGGCAUUUUGUAAUUACCUAAUUUGGCUGAAUUUCGUGACACAGCACAUUUAAGCUUGUCAGACGAAACCAGCUUAUUAAUAAGUACACUUUAUUUCAAAAAGAAUUAAAAGUUAUUUUACCUAUCAUUUUUUACCGCUGAAUUUCUCUAUAAUUAGGUAAUAAUGCCCUUCAGCAUAUUUUUGCCCUUGAACUUUAUUAUAACUAGCUUAAAAUUCGCUGUGAUAUGGAAGGGGCCCAAUCAUGACUCUGAUGGCUCUUGGGUUUGUCCAUUGAUCGAUUCGAAAGAUCUAACUCUUGCAUACUCGGCCAAAGACCUUGUGUUGUUCCACACUCGCAACUUACUUUUGACAACCAUGUUUUAAAAACUACCUCAUCUUGUGUGUCAAGUCCUGCGCAAAUAAGUCGCGUUAAACAUGUUUUAGAUCGUAAUCAGCUCGUGACGGUAAUAAAUGCCUUAGUCUUUAAUAAUGAAAUGACAGUGGUUCUACAGUCAGUGCAGAACUUUGCCGCGAGAAUUAGCAUCAAGAACAUGUAAAGAUAGUACUCCGUAAUCAUUCUAAUCCUUAGUGGGAUUGCGGAUUCCAUAAGCAAAAUUAUUCGAAUCUGGAUUCCCUAACUUGGGGCGAAAAUGUGCUAAGUCAGUAGAGUUGAAUAGGGACAAAUUCCGUCCUGAUAGGGAUUACCUUUCAUGAGCUAAAAUAGCCAGUAUUAGUACAAACCUCAUUGACAUGCAUUAAAAUUAAACACUAUUAAAAGAAAACAGAUCAUUUUUCUUGUUUGUUCCGGCUACCUCAAUCGCAUUUAACAUCAUCAAUCCACCUUAAUUUUUUUGUUUACCCUUUCUUCUUUCACUUUCGGCUCACGCGUACGGUGAUUGGCAGGUGGAUGAUUUUGGAUAAAAAGUGCUUGCUCGUGCUAUUUUUGGCAAGUCUCCUUUGGAUGAACCAUUCGUCGUCUGUCUUAUUGCAAAUGACUUACGCUUGUACUCUCUGAAUUUAAUCUGUGAGUUAAUUCUAUUGCUGGCGGUUAUG